AACCCACCAGGAAGCUAAUGUAAAAACGAAAACAAGCAGCACAGGAAUUUGCUGAUCGAUUUGAUAUACCAGGAAUUCUUUAACUAACCGUUUAUACUUUCUCAGAAAAAGCGAAAAUUCAGCUGAUAUCAGGCAGGAAGUGUAUAUCAAAUAUUGAAACUCUCUGGUAAAAAUGGGUCUCUACGACGCAUUUCGAACUAAACCAUUUCAAACAGCAUAUGGAGAAAAUAAAACUGCUGUAACAGUAGAUGUGUUAGAAGUUGGGUUGAUUCUAGCUUUCGUUUUGUUGGCGUUUUCAUUCUUGGUUGUACUGCCUGGCUUCCGGCAUAAAGAGCGUCUCUAUGUGACUAUUCGAAUUGUCGUCAGUUUGUUCAUUGGUGCAGUCAUAAUACUUUCCAAUUUCGGUAUGGAAUGGGAACACGCUGAAAUUGAGACGAAGACGUUGUACAAGGCUUUCUCGGGGAAAGAGAUCGAGGCACAUAUCGCUAUCAAGAUUGGUUUAAGAGGCGUUAACAUCACAAUGAAAGGUGUACCUGACGUGAAUGUCAAGCUGGACAAUACGACAGUUGAAAAAGUGGACUAUAACGAGAGAUUUCACUGGAACUCACCUUGGGGAUUGAGCAUAACUGCUAAUAUUAAUCGUGAAUUCCGCGAAGCCCAAUACAAAGGUCUACCUUACGCUAUAUUAUGGAUAGCCGAAUACUUCACUAUUGAUGGGGAGAAUAUCCGAUGGGGAAGAUCAUAUCGUAUGGCCGGGUUUUAUACCCAUAUUAUGUUAUGGACAGCCUUUGCGACAUGGUUGAUCACAAUUAUUCUCUUCUUCGUGGUGAUAUCUUACGGAGCAUUAUUCCUGGGUAUAACUGGUGGCAUCAUGGUGAUAGGAAACAUUAUCUAUGGUACACUGCGCUGGGGUACAGACUUAAAAAUACCGUUUAAUUCUCAUGCUAUACUGGAGCCAUCAUAUGGCUGGUGUUUUUACCUUUCCCUACUUACAGGUUUAGCCUGUAUAAUCCUGGCUGUGGUGAUCUACAUAAUUGAUCUAAUCAACCCGACAGCGACCGCUUCAUUCUUCAACAUCGAUAUUCUCACGACUUUCGAGGACGCUGUUUUAGUUAAGUCGAAACGUGAGUCCGAUGAAGAUGACGAUGAAGGUAUAGGAAGUGGGGAACCCCAAGAUAUAAAGCUUGUUGAACCAAAUGCCAAUGCUAAUGGUGAGCCGAGAGCUGAAGAUGGUGAAGAAGUUUAUGGGAAUAUUGAGACAAUCACAAAAUUCCGACCGCGCACCCGCACUGGACUGGGUUUGACUCGCCGUAACCCUCGAGCUCCACGUGCAGCUCCCCGGGCGAAACCGCCGCCACCCCCUGCUGACGAUAACGAUGAAGAUGAUGACAACCUGUACGCCAACGUUCCGAGACGGGGGGUGACAGUAAAAGUCACCAAUCCACAAUACGUCGAAAAAAAAUUCGAUCCACUGUAAACCGCACCCGCACCACCAUAACGGAUUAGCCAACGUUGCAUAUCUCUAUGAACCAUUUUACUUCAUGUUAUCAUUAUGUACUAAGUUGAUUUACCACGUUCAAACUGUCAAUGGCAUCUUAUUGGGUGUACGUUUAUAUAAAACUAAAUAUUUUUCAUUGCAAGUGCAUGGUAUCCCUAUGACAGGUAUAUAUAUGCGGCGUUCAGACACAGUGCCCUAGAAAGGGACCCACCUUUCAGAGGUAGCAUUCGAUAAUCUGCUUUGAGAGCCAGUUUGUACUUCGGGCACCAGUACCAGGCACCAAGUCUAAACGCAGUAAUUCAAUAUUUUUUAUAUCACCAUUCUUUCUAAUAAUUAUUCAUAUACUUUUAAAAUAUAAAAAUUUUUGCUUAUUCAAAACGUUUGUGACCACACGAAGAUCGCAUAGUGUUAAUGAAGGCUGUUG